CAGUCUGUGCCACUGAGUCGCUUGUCAUACCGCAGUUGGCUUCUGGAGCUGUUGGUACCUAGUGUGUUGUUGGGCCACCUCGGGGAAGGAUACACGCUGCCAGAAUGUGGCUCAAACGGACGCAUCUCGCUCUUCGUCUGUUGUUCAUAGCCUCAUCACUGGGACAUCUGACGAAGGCCCAGGCGUCCGGAGUCGUAACAAGCUUCAAGAUCUCCGGCAGAAUCGAAUCCCGCUACGCCAUCACUCGCGUCACGUCGCAGAUGCACAACCGUGCAGACAGCGCGGCGGAGCUCAAGUUCAAGAUGACUCUGCCCGAGACUGCUUUUAUUUCCUCUUUUAUGAUGGAGAUCGAAGGCAAGAACUACACAAGCCAAAUUAAAGAGAAAGAAGAAGCGAAGAAGACUUACACGUCAGCCAAAAAGCGCGGGAAAUCCACCGGCCUUGUUGCCCAGAGGAAGGACAGCGAUCGCACGUUCGAAAUAAGCACCAACGUGGCGGCGAAGGGAUACGUUAUCUUCUAUCUAACCUACGAGGAGCUCUUACGCCGUGGCAAGGAAGGUUACCUCUAUUCCGUGCAGAUUCGGCCGGGUCAUGUCAUCCCGGCGGUGCAGGUGGAAGUGGAGGUCAUAGAGAAAGAAGCUUUGACUAACAUGACCAUCUUGGAAGUUCCUGGAGAUAACAUAAACGCCGUGAGGAGGGAGGACGUGCGACUCGGAAAUGUCUUGCUUCGCUACGACUACGAAGUCCCGCCGGCUAGAGGAGGACUCGACGGCGUCUUCUCCUUCAAGUACGACAUCGCCAGGAGGGCUGAUGGAGGCGAACUGCAGCAAGAGGGCAAUUACUUUGUCCACUACUUUUCGCCGGACGGUCUUCCCAAGAUGCCAGUUCACACCGUGUUCGUGCUGGACGUUUCAUCCUCAAUGGACGGGAACAAAAUCGUGCAGUUGAAGAAAGCAAUGGAGGCUAUUUUACGUGACCUCAAACCGGAAGAUUCGUUUGAGCUGGUGUCCUUCUCCUCGACUGUUAAAACCAUUGGCUUCUACACGGGAGCCGAACACCAAAUUGAAAAGGCCGUGAAGAAGGUGAGAAAGCUGAAGACGGAAGGGGCAACCAACCUCAACGAGGCCUACAUCUAUUCCAUCAACAAGCUCAACGAGCUGGACAGGAAUCACACGGCGAAACAGGUGGUGUUCCUCACGGACGGCCAAGCAACAAUAGGUAUCACGAGUUCACAGGCAAUAAGGGCGAACGCGAGGCGUGAGAACGUGUUACGCCAUCCUAUCUACGGCCUAGCCUUCGGGGACGGCGCUGACCUCAAAUUGCUUCAGGAAGUGAGUGCCGACAACCGCGCCUUUGCCAGACAAAUCGACGAACACACAGAUCCGAAGAAACAGCUGAUAGGAUUCUACCAGGAGAUCGCCACGCCCCUUAUGGCUGACGUGGAUGUUAGCUAUCUGGAGGACGAGGUUGAUCCUGAGUCCGUGGUGAAGCAAGGCACGACUCACUACUACUCAGGAGGAGAGGUGGUGACUGCUGGAGUGUUGGCACCAGGAGCCACGCACCUUGAGCCGGUAGUCCGGGGUGUUGGCAAGGCCGGACCUAUACAGUUCAGGGUGAACCGUCUCCACGCAAACCCAGCACCCGCUCUCGAUAAGGACAACUAUGUGGCGAGAUUGUGGGCGUACCUAACUGUGCAGGAUCUUCUGACUAAGGCCUCAGUGGAAGAAAAUACAGAUCACGUCGCCAGGUUGAAGGCAGAAGCACUGGAUAUCGCCCUCAGAUUCCACUUCGUAACCAAACUGACAUCGUUGGUUGUGGUGCGCCCCGAAGAUGAACAACUUGAAGAGGAGGAGGAGGAGGUGGAGAAGAAGGAGGAGGAGGAGGAGGAGGAUGAGGAGGAGGAUAUCACGGCACGCGACACUACUAGAGGAAAAAAGAUGGCCCAAAGUGGGGUAAGAUCACGCCAAUAUGUCGCCGAAUCUCUAAUAUCAUCAAAGGGUGUUGGAAAUGCUAGACAAAUUUCUUCCUCUCAUUUUGUGGACAACGAUCCCCAUUUCGUAGUCCAGGUUGACGGACUGCAGUUGCCCCUCUGCUUCGAUCUCCAUGCCUCUGAUGGGGCUUCUCUUAGUCUGAUUCAGGACGCGGAAUCUGGCAUAAAGGUGAAUGGCCAGGUGUCAGCAGCGAAGCAUAACCACAACCUGACGUAUUUCACAACACUGUUCCUGAGUGUUGGUCACCUCAACGUAACUGUUACGCAUGAUUUUAUUCACAUUGACUGUCUCAGUGACGACGGAACGCAGAUGGUAAGCUUUGUCUCCGGAAUCACGUGGCCAGCUCGUAAAAAAGGGACCAAGAGUCAGGCACGAGGCCUUAGAGGCAGACAGCGCCAAACUCGCUCUGCCGAUGAAGAGUCGUUAGCGGAUUCGUGUGAUCUGAGGACUUCGUGGGAGGACUUUAGAGGAAUGAAAUACGACGACGUGAUCCUGACUCGCGAAGGACGCAAGAAAUUCAACAUCGUCCUGGGCAGCGGCGACACCCACUUCGUCAUCGUCCGCUCCAGGAACAAGCGCCACCAGCAGUUCCUCGGAUUCUACGUGAAGGAAUCUGGAAUGCUGUCAGCCGGCACGGGCGGGAUCAUUGGUCAGUUCAUCUUCAAGGAAGUGACUGCGGUCUCGGAGACGAACCUCGUCAUCAGCGAAAGUGGCAAACCACAGAAUGUGGUGCAGCUGGCCGUGCAGCACCACAGCGCAACGAGAACCCUCAAAUUUUCCGAGACGUCGGGCAUUAUGGCCAAACGGCGGUCUUCGCUGAGCAAGAAGCGAGUGCGAUGCCUUCACAUUCGAAACAGUGGCAGGGGAGUUCUGGACGGCGGGCCUGCUGAUUAUCUCCUGCCUUGUCUUGCCUGCUGAUUUGUCUCGUCGAAGCAGUGUUUAUUCUAUAUCAUUUUUAUUAUAUAUAUAUAUAUAUAUAUAUAUAUAUAUAUAUAUAUAUAUAUAUAUAAUGAUGAACUAUGUUAAGCGCUGCUAAUUGUUCCAUGUCGAGUUUUUUGAAAGAAUGGAAAUCGCCGUAAUGAUGGCACCUUUAUUAUAAAUGAUGAUUUUAAUAACAAUACUAGAUCUACUCGUACUACUAAUAGUAAUACUUACACUAACGAUAGUAAUAGUGAAAUAGUGGUAAAAUUAAGGACAACUACAACACUAUAACAACAAUUAUAAUGACAAUUAGAACAAACUCUACAUGCGCAGGGUGCAAUUUGAACUAAGUAGGGCUGGUAUUCCAUACAUGGAAAUAUGGUCGUACAUACUGGCAUACAUUUAAUAUGUAGUAUCUAAUAUUUCCUAUCGUUUUCUAACAGGCACAGACACGAGAAAAGUUCCCGUUGCUAUUCUUAGAAAGAAAAAAUGCAAUGUUUUUCUACCUUUCAUGCUACAUACAUUACCUAUACAUGAAAAAUAUUUUCAUUAAAAUGCAAGAUAUACAAUAUACAGGUAUAUGUAUAUUUGCAUUGGAUUUUUUUAUCCGACAAAAGUAUCACUUGUACUCACGCCAACCAGCCUAUUUCUUCGCGUGUCACUAUAUAUAUGAAAAAAUCUUCGCUUUCAGCUCAUUUAUUUUCCCCUAAAUCUGUACAACGCAACGGCAUGAAAACCUUGUGUUUAUAGAUCACUCUUACCUUGUGUGAUCUCUGAGUAAUACACUAUUUUGUACAUUCUGCCCUGCGUUCACUGGACACCUGAGGCUGCUUUCACACCAAGGUGGAACGUCGCACGUGGCAUGCUACUUUAAAACGAAAAUAACAUGUGAAACAGAAAUGGAGUGGCACGUCGCAUUUGCCACGUGUGCUAUGUGUAGGGUCACAAUACAAAGCAAUUUUGUUUACAUAUAUCAUAUGAGAUGUAUUAAAGUCAAGAAUUUUAAA